CCGCGAGCCGCCAACGACAAUAGAGGGAGGGACGGGACCCGCCGCCCCCCCGGCACCGGCCGCCCCUCCCCGCCGCUCCCGCCGCCCCCCGCCCGCCGCACCGCGCCCACGCCCCCGGCCCGGCCCGGCCGCCGCACCCCGCCCCGGCCGGCCCCUCUAGCAUGGUGCGGGGCCGCCGCCGCCUCGUCCUCCGGCUGCCGACAUGGGCGAGAGGCUGGAGCUGCGGCUGAAGUCGCCCGUGGGAGCCGAGCCCGCCGUGUACCCCUGGCCGCUGCCCGUCUACGACAAACACCACGAUGCUGCUCAUGAAAUUAUUGAGACAAUUCGGUGGGUCUGUGAAGAAAUCCCAGAUCUCAAGCUUGCCAUGGAAAACUAUGUUUUAAUUGACUAUGAUACAAAAAGCUUUGAGAGCAUGCAGAGACUGUGUGACAAGUACAACCGAGCCAUUGACAGCAUCCACCAGUUGUGGAAGGGGACGACGCAGCCCAUGAAGCUGAACACUCGUCCCUCCAACGGGCUCCUGAGGCACAUCCUGCAGCAGGUCUACAACCACUCGGUCACCGACCCCGAGAAACUCAACAACUACGAGCCCUUCUCCCCCGAGGUCUACGGAGAAACCUCCUUUGACUUGGUGGCCCAAAUGAUUGACGAGAUUAAAAUGACAGAGGAUGAUUUGUUCGUUGACUUGGGCAGUGGUGUGGGGCAGGUGGUGCUUCAAGUGGCUGCAGCCACAAACUGCAAACAUCACUACGGAGUGGAGAAAGCUGAUAUCCCAGCCAAGUACGCCGAGACGAUGGACAGAGAGUUCAGAAAAUGGAUGAAAUGGUAUGGGAAGAAACAUGCAGAAUACACACUGGAAAGAGGUGACUUCCUCUCAGAAGAAUGGAGGGAGAGGAUUGCAAACACAAGUGUUAUUUUUGUGAAUAAUUUUGCCUUCGGGCCUGAGGUGGAUCACCAGUUGAAGGAGCGCUUUGCGAACAUGAAGGAAGGUGGGAGAAUUGUGUCCUCAAAACCUUUUGCACCUCUAAAUUUUAGAAUUAACAGUCGAAACUUGAGUGAUAUUGGCACUAUCAUGAGGGUUGUGGAGCUGUCACCACUGAAGGGCUCCGUGUCCUGGACGGGGAAGCCAGUCUCCUACUACCUGCACACCAUUGACAGAACCAUACUUGAAAACUAUUUUUCUAGUCUCAAAAAUCCAAAACUCAGGGAGGAACAAGAGGCAGCUAGACGUCGUCAACAAAGAGAAAACAAAAGUAACACAACGACUCCAACGAAGGUCCAGGAGAACAAGGAUUCUGGUGCUGAAGAAGAAAAAGCUGCAGCAAAUUCUGUUAAAAAGCCAUCUCCCUCCAAGGCCAGGAAGAAGAAGCUGAGUAAGAAGGGCAGGAAAAUGGCAGGGAGGAAACGAGGGCGCCCCAAGAAAAUGAACACGGCGAGCACUGAGCGCAAGACCAAGAAGAACCAAACUGCACUAGAACUUCUGCAUGCUCAGACUGUCUCCCAGACAUCUUCAUCCUCUCCUCAGGAUGCCUACAAGUCACCUCAUAGCCCAUUUUACCAACUACCUCCUAAAGUGCAACGGCAUUCGUCCAACCAGCUCCUGGUGACACCCACCCCCCCUGCACUACAGAAGCUGCUAGACUCAUUUAAGAUCCAGUACAUGCAGUUCAUGGCAUACAUGAAAACUCCUCAGUACAAAGCAAGCCUGCAACAGUUACUGGAGCAGGAAAAGGAGAAGAAUGCUCAGCUGCUGGGGACAGCCCAGCAGUUGUUCACCCACUGCCAGGCCCAGAAGGAGGAAAUCAAACGCCUGUUCCAGCAGAAGCUCGAUGAGCUGGGAGUUAAAGCUCUGACGUACAAUGACCUGAUCCAGGCUCAGAAGGAAAUCUCUGCUCACAACCAGCAGCUGAAAGAACAGACAAAACAGCUGGAGAAGGACAACAGUGAACUCAGGAACCAGAGCUUGCAGCUGCUGAAGGCUCGCUGUGAGGAACUGAAGCUGGAUUGGUCAACGCUGUCACUGGAGAACUUGCUGAAAGAGAAGCAGGCCUUGAAGAAUCAGAUUUCUGAGAAGCAAAAGCACUGUUUGGAACUGCAGAUCAGCAUCGUGGAACUCGAGAAGAGUCAGCGGCAGCAGGAGCUGCUGCAGCUCAAGUCCUACACGCCCUCAGAGGAGCCCCUGUCAGUGCAGCUGCACAGCAAAAGCCACCUGAGCCGUGACCCCGAGGCUGAGCAGGGCAGGUUCCAGCUGGAGCUGGAGUGCUCCAAGUUCCCCAUGCCCCACAUCAAUGGCAUGAGCCCCGAGCUGUCCAUGAACGGCCACGCCACCCCCUACGAGCUGCAGCACGCCUUCAGCCGGCCCUCGUCCAAGCAGAACACCCCCCAGUACCCCAACUCCCACCUGGACCAAGACAUCGUGCCCUGCACCCCCAGCCACAGCAGCAGGCAGAAGGCAGACAAGGUGACGAGCCUGGCCCUCCCUGAUUACACCAGGUUCUCCCCUGCUAAAAUCGCCCUGCGCAGACACUUGAAUCAGGACCACGGCGUCAAUGGAAAAGCCACAGCUAAUGAGCUACAGAGAGCUGAGCAUGUCAAAGAGAAUGGCCUUACAUAUCCAAGCCCUGGAAUUGCAAAUGGCAUAAAGCUGAGUCCUCAGGAAACUCGGCCCUCCUCCCCCGCGGCCUUACCCAGUGCAGGAGAGAAGGUUUUGAGAGAGAGAACCUCUGUGAGUAAUGGAGAAACUAUCACCAGCCUCCCUAUCAGUAUUCCUCUGAGCACAGUGCAGCCCAAUAAACUCCCUGUUAGUAUCCCUCUGGCCAGCGUAGUCCUACCUAGCCGUGUUGAGAAGGUGAGAAGCACACCCAGCCCAGUUCACCAGAGCAGAGACUCAUCGACACUUGAAAAGCAGAUUGGUGCUAGUUCUCAUAAUGGCAUAAGCAAUGCUGCUGGAAACAAGCCUCUGGCUUUGGCUACCUCAGGUUUUUCUUACUCUUCUGGCUCCGUGGCAGUCAAUGGAAAUCUUACAAACAGCCCAGCCCAUCUUAACCAUAGUGUUGAUCAGGCAGCUCUGGACGACUCUGGGAGUCUCUUUAACUCUGUAGGGUCUCGGAGUUCCACUCCACAACAUCCUUUGCUAAUGAUGAGGAACUCUGGGCAGAACUCCCCUGCUCAGCAGCACUCGAGCCCCCGCUUAAGUGGCCCGGCCCAGAGCCUGGCAGGGGGACUGCAGAGUGCAGAGGCUCAGAAGAUCUUUGCCGAAGGAACAAAGGGGGACCUGCAGUGUGAUGCAGCGUUUUCAGAUCCUGAGAACGAGGCCAAGAGGAGAAUCAUCUUUACAAUCUCUCCUAAUACAGGACAUGUAAAACAAUCCCCUUCCAGCAAGCACAGCCCCGUGCCCGGCAGCGGCCAGGCCCACGGGCAGGACGGGAAGAAGCGGGGCCGGCGGAAGAGAUCCAACACUGGGAGUGCCAGCGGGAACGCCGCCGUCUCCCCGAAACGCAAACCCCUGCCCUCCGUGGCCGGGCUCUUCACGCAGCCCUCGGGGUCACCCCUCAAUAUCAACUCCAUGGUCAAUAACAUUAACCAGCCUUUAGAAAUAACAGCCAUUUCCUCUCCUGAAAACUCCCUGAAGAACUCUCCUGUUCCUUACCAGGACAAUGACCAGCCCCCAGUGCUGAAAAAAGAGAAGCCCCUCGUUCAGAGCAACGGUGUCCAUUACUCCCCCCUGACAUCGGAUGACGAGCAGGGCUCUGAGGAUGAGCACAAUAGCAGCAGAAUUGAGAGGAAAAUUGCAACAAUAUCAUUGGAAAGCAAAUCUCCACAGAAGACUGUUGAAAAUGGUGGCAGCAUAUCGGGGAGGAAACAAGCACAAAGCAACGAGAACAUGAACAGCAGCAAAUGGAAAUCGACUUUUUCACCGAUAUCUGACAUCAACCUGACCAAAACCACAGACAGCCCCUUGCAGGCCGCGUCAGCCCUGAGCCAGAACUCCCUGUUUGCCUUCAGGCCUCCCUCCGAGGACGGGCUGCCCAUGGACACCAAGGUCCCAGGACACCCCAGGAAGAGCCUGGCAGUGCCCUCGGAUGGGCUGAGCCCUGGCACAAACCCCCCCAAUGGCUUCAGCUACAACGGGGGCCUGUCCUCCGAGCUGGGCCUGCACGGCUUCAUGGACGGCGCCGCUCUUCCACACAAAGCUGGGGAUGGCUCUGCUCCCAACUGCUCCCUGGGCUUCCCCUCGCAGCGAGGCAAGGACCUGGCGGUGUCAGACACCAACCUGUUCCUGAACAAGAGGCAGCUGGAAGGUCUGGGCACCAAGGGAGAAGAGCUGAGCCGGCCGGGGGUGAAGGGCAAGGAGCUCAGCGAGAUGGGCGCCCGAGCGGGGGGGGCUGUGGACAAAAACUCUGUGCAGCACAACGGAAAGGUCGGCAAGGGAAGGGACCGAGACGUGGAGUUUAAAAACGGCCACAACCUUUUCAUUUCUGCUGCUGUUUCGUCUGGUGGCCUUCUGAAUGGUAAAAGCCUUUCUACUGCUGUUUCCUCAGCAGGGAACCCAGCGCCGUCUGUCCCGACGCACCAUCCUUUCCUCAACACUCUGACCACUGGAUCGCAGUUCCCCCUCGGCCCCAUGGCCUUGCAAGCAAACCUCAACUCGGUGACAAAUUCCUCAGUAUUGCAGUCCUUAUUUAAUUCAAUGCCAGCUGCUGCCAGUCUGGUCCACGUGUCAUCAGCUGCAACCAGACUGACUAAUUCUCACACUAUGGGGAACUUCUCUCCUGGGGUUACAGGUGGAACAGUUGGAGGUAUUUUUAACCAUGCGGUGCCUUCUGCCUCCUCUCCUCAUCAAUUUGGAGCCAGUUUCAGCAGCAGUGCUGUUUCUAGCAGCACCGUGCUAAGCUUAAACCCUCUGCAGGCUGUUGCCAGCACCUCAUCCUCAUCCUUCCCACCCUCUUCCUCUAAUUUAGUAACAUCUAGUGAGACUAGACCUGCUCAGCACCUCAACAGAGCUCCAGUGCAAUCUGUCUUCCAUCCCCCUCCGCCCCCUCCUAACGUGUCCUUGCCUCCCCCUCCUCCUUUACUCGCUUCUAACUCCGAGCCUGCUCUCCUGCAGAACCUGCCCUCCAUCCCUCCUGGCGAGACGUUCCUGCCCUCCUCCUCCUCUGCUCCUGUCCAGUCUAACUCUUCUUUGUCUCUUAAACUGGCUUCUCUCCAGCACAAACCCUCCCGCCCCUCCUUUACAGUCCACCACCCGCCCCUGCCCCGCGUGCUCCCGCAGCCCAACGCCGCUGGCACGGCCGCUAUGUGGGUGACCCUUGGCAUGCAGCCUCCUUAUGCUUCGCACCUUUCGGGGGUUAAGCCACGAUAAAGAGCUUGCUUAGCUAACAGUUCUUGUUUUGUAAGGUAACUAGGAUUUCUACCUCAACCCAAUGUGACCUAUGCAAGGACAACGUGGACCAACUUCACUCGGCUUCCACUGAAAGGUGCUCACCUGGCCUGUGCAGGGGUUUCUACUCUUACUACUGGACAAAAAAAAAAAAAAACAAAAA